AUGCCGUCUUCAAGGCUGACCAACCUUGCUAGCCUUCUCGCCCCGAUUGGAAACCACCGACUGGAGCAUAUCAAACCCUCCAAGGGUAGUAGAGAGAGAAAGAGAAAGCGCAAAGAAGCCGCAAAACCAUCAGCAGAUCAUCUGCCAGUUGUUCCACCGGCCCCAGAAAUUGGCUCUUUUGUCGACGUGGGCCUCGCGGUUGUAACUCGGUCAUUGGAGAGCGUUGUCGCCCAGAAGCCCGACGAAGAGAGCGUGAUCAUUGAGGAGACAAUGACUGACGAGACCCAUCCACAAACAAACUCAAGUUCAAUACCUUACUCGGCGGUAUUUGUUGCUCGUUCUGACCAACCGAGCGUUCUGAACAGUCACCUUCCUCAGAUUCUGGCAGCUGCAUCGCUCAGAGACCCCACUCGUGAGCCGAUACGACUCGUUGGUCUUUCCAAAACUUGCCAGGAUCGGUUGUCACUGGCUUUAGGCAUACCGCGGGUUUCGGUCAUCGGACUUCGUAAAGAUGCCCCCAACUCCAAAGCACUUGUCGAUUUUACAUGCCAACACGUGCCCGCCAUAGAGGUACCUUGGCUCAAGGAGGCUCAAAAACUCGAAUUUCGGGAUACCAAAAUCAACGCGAUUGAAACGUUUGUAGGGCAGAGGCAGAAGGGCAAAAGGGGAUUCGGAGUAUCGGAGAAACCAUAG